AUGGCGGCUGCUGUGAGUGGGGUUUUGUCCAAAGAUCUUGGAGAGCGCGUCUCCUGUGGUAAAAUUCUCGUUGUUGGAGCUGGUGGGAUAGGCUGCGAGCUAAUCAAGAACUUAGUGCUGACUGGAUUCCAAAGCAUACAUGUGAUUGACUUGGACACUAUUGAUGUGAGUAAUCUCAAUCGACAGUUCCUUUUUCAGAAGAAACAUGUUGGCAAAUCAAAAGCCCAGGUUGCCAAAGAUAGUGCUCUUCGUUUCAACCCUGAUGUGGACAUCAUUGCCUAUCAUGACAGUAUUAUGAAACCUGAAUAUGGUAUGAAUUUUUUCAAGCAAUUUACCAUUGUAAUGAAUGCCCUUGAUAACAGAG